GUUCUCAAGUGGCGGAGAGAAAGGAAGGCAAAUAAAUAUAUAUACACAUACACGCACACACGCGCAUAUCCGUACAUACUCACUUGCACACAUGCACACUCUUUCUUUCUAGCCACCUCCACCCUCAAAACAUCUCUUGCUGCUGCUGCUGCUGCUGCCCACCGCGAAGUAUGAGAGAGCCAAAGUGUCUACAGUGAAAGGAAGCCACUCUCUCCUGAAGGGAAGACAAAGGAAGCAGCAGAGCUGAGCAACUUGGGACUGAGUUCGCCUCACAAGAAGUCAACAGGUGCUUCCUUCCUUCCUUCCUGAGCAGCGGGCACCACAGUGGAGCAUCCGGCAAAGGACACGCCAGGUGGAACCUCCCUCCGGGUGGUGGUCGACUCCAGAGAAACAUUCACCAUUACUUCCAAAAGCGAAGACGAUUUCUUAACCCUGGCCGCCUCCAGGCUGAACCGCAAAAAAAGGGUCAUCGGGGCUGCCAUCGGGGUGGCCAUGGUGCUGGUCCUCCUGGUGGCCAUCCCUUUGCUGGUGCACAGCUCCAAAACGACCUCCCACUAUGAGAUGUUGGGCAGCUGCCGAAUGGUCUGUGACCCCUAUACGCCCCAGACCCAUGGAGCAGCUUCUGCAGAAGCAAGUCAGGAGCUGGCUGUCAUCUCCCCACCUCCUUAUGUGUCCGGAGGGAAGGGAGACCCUGGGAGGAAAGGGAAGUCUGGAAUCCGUGGACCGCCAGGCCCUCCGGGACCCCCAGGCCCAAGAGGGCCAGCUGGAGAGCCAGGAAGGCCAGGACCCCCGGGGCCGCCCGGCCCGGGGCCUGGGGGUUACAUCCCGUCCUUCUAUAGCCCUAAGAUUGCUUUUUACGCAGGGCUGAGGAAACCCCAUGAAGGGUAUGAGAUCCUCCGCUUUGAUGAUGUGGUGACCAAUGUGGGAAACUACUAUGAACCAUCGAGUGGCAAGUUCACCUGCCCUUUACCUGGCAUCUACUUCUUCACUUACCAUGUGCUCAUGCGCGGGGGUGAUGGUACCAGCAUGUGGGCUGACCUGAUGAAGAACGGGCAGGUCCGGGCCAGUGCUAUUGCACAGGAUGCUGACCAAAACUACGAUUAUGCGAGCAACAGUGUGAUCCUGCACCUGGACGUGGGAGACGAAGUCUUCAUCAAGCUGGAUGGAGGGAAGGUGCACGGUGGGAACACCAACAAGUACAGCACCUUCUCUGGGUUCAUCAUCUAUCCGGACUGAGCCCGCUUCCUGGCUUCUGUUUCCCCCCCAACCCCCUCUACUUUGCCUACCUACCCGAAACCUUUCCCCCUUUGGGCCAGCUUUUACUCUCCUUGGCUUUACCACCUCCCUGGAUCUCUGGCGGGGGAGGGGGGGAAAUCUCUCCUGCAAGUUCUGACCCACAAAGGAUUGGAACAGAAAAACUCUGGGGAGGUGGCAACAAUUCCAAGGCCCCCUGCCCACCCUUGCCUCACUACAAUGCUUGGGGGGGUAGAUGUAUGGGUUUAUGAUGCAUGGGGGAAAUCAGGGAGGGGGUGGAUACAGGGUGAUAUAAUAUCAAUCAUGGGUGGGGAGCCCUGGUCAGUAAAAGCAGUAACAUCAAAAUGAGGCAAAAUCCAGGUGGCGUGAAGGUUAGGGGGGGUAUGCUUCCUGUAUGACCCCCUUCCCUGGACAAUUCUAAGGGGCAAAGACUUGUAGAGAGGCCGUUUCAUUAGUACUUCCCUCAACCUCUGAGCAAUCAGCAGUCACAAGAAUGGCUUUAUUUAUUAUAUCUGAUAGAUCACCUUUCCUCCAGCAAGCUCAAGAGAGGUAAAGGGAUGUAUCUUGUCUCCAUUUGCUCUUCAAAGCAAUCUUGCAAGGUAGUUUGAGGUAAAAGGCAAGCCACACAGUGAGCUUCAUAACCUAGUGUGGGGCUUUAAAUCUGGGUCUCUUGGUCCUAGCUCUGCCCCGUAAUUGCACUGUGCUAGCUCCAGGUGCCUCGCACAUACAGUACCUUUUCCACAGGCCAGCUGGUGAGCGGUGAGGCCAUGUAUCUACAGAUUACAAACGUAUGCAGUAGAAAAAGCCCAUAGCUUUUUAUCCAACGGAAAACAAUAACAAGGCUUUCUUAGGGGGAGAUAAGAGCUGAGGAGGCACUCCUUGUGGAUGUUAGAUCUCCAUUCCUACCUUCCACAGGAGUUUUGUGUUUCUGCCGGCAAGAUUGUAAUGACAGGAAGGGGCAGUUUCCAGACUCAGAUGGUGUUCUGUCUCAGCAGCUGGGCAGAAUUACAUAAUAAAAACUCUGUGCGUGCUUUGCAUGCUUGUGGCAGGAGUUUCCUCAGAUUUUGCCUGCACCUUUUAAACAGGGGGAGGAAACUCAAUCCUUUCUCUCUGGUUCCUGGGCUCCCUCCAUCAAAUGGUUGUACAAAAGGCAGAUUUCAAACCUGGUUUCCCCCUGUGUUUGCACAGGCGUCCACGGGUUGGCAAGGCAGCUUGCCCGCGGGGACUCUACUUAGUUCAUCUGCAUGAAGAUAUAGACCGAGCAUCUGUAUAAACCUUUACCUGAGCUAAAUCGGGGAUGUAGCACCUUUAUGUAAAUAUCUCAUUACAGCCAUCCUGUUUGGUGACACUGAAAAAAUGGAUUGGUCUCUGACAUAGACCUUUGUACCACGAGUGGUGAGCGGUGGUGACCCGCCCUGCAACAGAGAAGGUGACUUAAUAAACUGCCUGGCAGGGCGCUCCAGAGAGACCUCCUGUGCUGUUACCAUUCCUGCUUUUAAAAUGUUAAUAGCUGAUGAAACCUGAAAAAGUGCAGAAAACCACCAGAGCCCCCCUAAAAGUUGGGAAAGUUACUUUUUUCAAUUAUAGUUCUCAGAACACCCAACUGGCCAGGGUGGAAGAGGGAUUCUGGGCACUAUAGUCCUGAAAAGUAACUUUCCCAAGUUCUGACGCCCUCCAAUUUUUAUAAACAGCCGCACCAUUGCAAUAUACAACUCCCUGUUCACUUUGACUGUCAUAGUGUAUUAUAGACCAUAUCAACCAUACCUUCCCCAAACCACAAAAACAUGUCAUAAUCGGAUUUUGGGUAUGCCCCACUUCCCACGAAUGCCCACCAAUACAUACCACUGCCUUAGCAUCAACAAUCAUAUUACAAUGUCAGAAUGGCCACUGCCAUUCAUCCCCCCCAAACAAAUAACACCUCAAGAAUGCCACUGCAACACCACAAACUCAUUUUGCAUACACAAUAUAAUUUCAGAUGCCAUCUCAAACAGCCAUACCAUGAGGCAGAAUAGAGCAACCUCUAGUUGGGGGGGGGGGAGACAGAUGAAAGCAAACAUUGGCAUCUGAAUUAAUUAAGUGCUGGAUCUUAUUAGCUGGAAGGACAUAAUUCAGACAGCAAAACAUUCUUGGUAGUGAUGCAACCCAGGCAUUGUUGAAAAGUAUUUAAAACUAUACUUCUGUCAAUGAAAAUUAAUGCAACCAAUUCUCUUUAAUGCGUGGCCAAGGCAGGAGGACAUGAGGCGCCCCUCACAGCUUACACUCCACUCUCACACAUAAAGCUCUGCCUCCCCUUGCAUCAGGGUCUAGCACUCAACGUACAGAAGGAGAAGGCGAAAAGGCAACACCAUAUUCCCAGUGUAGGUCUGCCUAGCUACAGCUUCUGCUGAAUGGCAAAAGAAAUGAAAAAGCCUGCUUCAGUCCUGCUUCUCUGUACUUCCAUAAUUCUGCAAAUGUCUUUUCCAAAGGUGCAACUGUUCACAGAUACCACUAUGUUCCUACAUUGAAAUAUGAACGUGGAAUGCCUGCAUUUUCAUUAGCUAUCCAUACAUACAGUAUACUUACAGAUGUGUGUGUGUGUAUUACGGUGACGCCGCUACUACUGCUGAGCUGCAAUUUAUGUGGGGUGAGCUGAUACUCUAGAACAUGACUAUGUAUGUGAGUGCCCACAGGGACACGACUAUAAACACAGAGCUAGGAGUACUGAAUUUUUGGGCUGCAUGUCCUGGAACUCUUCAGACAGCAUGGCCAGUCAGGAGAUUUUGGGAGAUCUGGCAUAAAAAUGCACCUUAUCUAAGUGUAGGCAUCCUUCAGUCUCGAGAGACUAUGGUAACGUGCUCUGAAUAGAUGUCUUGGAACAGCGUCUAGUGUG